CGGCCGCCGCCGCCACCGCCGCCGCCGCCGCCGCCGCCGCCGCCGCCGCCGCCUGGGGGUUGGUUGAGGCGGACGGUGGGGUCCCGGCCGGAGUGUGGCGCCGCCGCUGCGCGUAGGCGAAGCCGGCAGUCAGAAAAUGGGUAAGAAGAGUCGAGUGAAAACUCAGAAAUCAGGUACUGGGGCCACAGCCACCGUGUCACCAAAGGAAAUCUUGAAUCUGACAAGUGAGCUGUUGCAGAAAUGCAGCAGUCCUGCACCUGGCCCAGGAAAAGAAUGGGAAGAGUACACGCAGAUCCGGUCUCUGGUUGAGAAAAUAAGAAAGAAGCAAAAAGGUCUGUCUGUUACUUUUGAUGGGAAAAGAGAAGAUUACUUCCCUGAUCUAAUGAAAUGGGCCUCUGAAAACGGGGCUUCGGUCGAUGGUUUUGAAAUGGUUAACUUCAAAGAAGAGGGCUUUGGUUUGAGAGCAACAAGAGACAUCAAGGCAGAAGAAUUGUUCUUAUGGGUUCCACGAAAGCUACUAAUGACUGUUGAAUCUGCUAAGAAUUCAGUAUUGGGGCCCCUGUAUUCUCAAGACCGAAUUCUCCAAGCCAUGGGAAACAUUGCACUGGCCUUUCAUCUGCUGUGUGAGCGAGCCAGCCCCAACUCUUUCUGGCAGCCAUACAUUCAGACUCUCCCCAGUGAAUAUGACACCCCUCUCUACUUUGAAGAAGAGGAAGUGCGAUGUCUUCAGUCGACACAAGCCAUCCAUGAUGUCUUCAGCCAGUAUAAAAACACAGCACGCCAGUAUGCCUAUUUCUAUAAAGUCAUCCAGACCCAUCCUCAUGCCAACAAACUGCCCUUGAAGGAUUCUUUCACUUACGAGGACUACAGGUGGGCAGUCUCUUCAGUGAUGACGCGACAAAACCAAAUUCCCACAGAGGACGGCUCCCGGGUGACCUUGGCCCUGAUUCCUUUAUGGGACAUGUGCAAUCACACCAACGGCCUGAUCACGACUGGCUAUAACCUGGAAGAUGACCGUUGUGAGUGUGUAGCCCUGCAGGACUUUCAAGCUGGAGAUCAGAUUUACAUUUUUUAUGGCACGCGGUCAAAUGCAGAGUUUGUGAUCCACAGUGGUUUUUUCUUUGACAAUAAUUCACACGACAGAGUGAAAAUAAAACUUGGAGUGAGUAAGAGUGACAGGCUCUACGCCAUGAAGGCCGAGGUCUUGGCUCGUGCUGGCAUCCCAACAUCCAGUGUUUUUGCAUUGCAUUUUACUGAGCCACCCAUCUCUGCCCAGCUUCUGGCUUUUCUCCGAGUAUUCUGCAUGACUGAAGAGGAAUUGAAAGAGCACUUGCUAGGGGACAGUGCCAUUGACAGGAUCUUCACUCUGGGGAACUCGGAGUUUCCUGUCAGCUGGGACAAUGAGGUCAAACUUUGGACAUUUCUGGAAGAUAGAGCCUCACUUCUUCUUAAAACAUAUAAAACGACAAUUGAGGAAGAUAAGAUCGUCUUGAAAAACCCUGACCUGUCUGUCCGUGCCACAAUGGCCAUCAAAUUGCGCUUGGGUGAAAAGGAAAUUUUGGAAAAAGCAGUGAAGAGCGCAGCCAUGAACCGGGAGUACUACCGAAAACACAUGGAGGAGAGGGCUCCGCUGCCCAGAUACGAGGAGAGUGACCUGGGACUCUUGGAGGGCGGUGUGGGGGACUCUAGGCUCCCUCUGGUCCUGAGAAAGCUGGAGGAGGAGGCAGGUGUGCAGGAGUCUCUGAGCCUCACGGAGACUGUCAGCAAAGCCAAGGCUGCUGAGAACGGGCUCGUCAAUGGGGAAAACGUGAUCCCUAAUGGGACCAAAGAGUCUUCAGGCAACAUGGGCGAAGAAGCCAAGGAGCGGCUCUGAGACGCACUCGUUGGGAAUCCA